CAUAGUAUACACGGCAUGAUGGAGGAGGAGAACGUGGUCCGACCGCACCAGGAAAUCGCCGCCCUGUCGCUGGAGGAGAAAAAGUACUUGCUCGCCGUGGAGCGGGGCGAUGUCGCCACGACGAGAAGGAUACUGGAGAAGGCGGAGGCGGAGUCGCACAUCAACAUCAACUGCGUCGAUCCGCUGGGACGGUCCGCCCUGCUGAUGGCGAUCGACAACGAGAACCUGGAGAUGGUCGAGCUGCUCAUCAAUCACCGGGUGGACACGAAGGACGCGCUGCUGCACGCCAUCUCGGAGGAGUUCGUCGAGGCGGUCGAGGUGCUGCUGGACCACGAGGACAGCUGCCACAAGACCGGCGAUCCGCACAGCUGGGAAGCACUGCCACCGGAUACCGCCACCUUCACGCCCGACAUCACGCCGCUCAUACUGGCCGCACAUCGUGAUAACUAUGAAAUCAUCAAGAUUCUACUGGACCGAGGCGCCACACUGCCAAUGCCCCACGAUGUACGAUGUGGGUGUGAUGAUUGCGUCACCUCCCGGCAGGAGGACUCCCUCCGUCACUCCCGAUCCCGCAUCAACGCUUACCGGGCGCUGGCGAGCCCUUCGCUCGUGGCCCUUUCCUCCAAGGAUCCCAUCCUGACGGCGUUCGAGCUGAGCUGGGAGCUGCGUAGGCUGAGCUUUCUCGAGCACGAGUUCAAGAACGAGUACCAGGAGCUUCGACGUCAAUGUCAGGACUUCGCUACGGCCCUGCUAGACCACACGCGAUCCUCGCACGAGCUGGAGGUGCUACUGAAUCACGAUCCCACCGGACCCGCCUUCGAGCACGGCGAUCGGAUGCACCUAAACCGACUGAAGCUCGCCGUCAAACUGCGCCAAAAGAAGUUCGUGUCACAUCCAAACGUGCAGCAGCUGCUGGCCAGCAUCUGGUACGAGGGGUUGCCGGGCUUCCGGAGGAAAAACAUGGCACUGCAGGCAUUAGAAAUCGUACGAAUAGGCAUCAUGUUUCCACUGUUCUCGUUCUCGUACAUCAUCGCCCCGCACUCGUCGCUCGGCCAAACGAUGCGGAAACCGUUCAUCAAGUUCAUCUGCCACAGUGCGUCGUAUUUCACCUUUUUAUUUCUUCUUAUGCUGGCCUCGCAACGCAUCGAAACGGUGAUGGGUGGGGUGUGGGGGGCGGAGGUGAGCCAGCAGCAUGACGAAGUGCCUACGAAGCGCGGGGCCAGCCCGACCCUGAUCGAGUGGCUCAUUUUGGCCUGGGUCAGCGGAUUAAUCUGGAGCGAAGUGAAGCAGCUGUGGGACGUCGGGCUGCAGGAGUACGUGAACGAUAUGUGGAAUGUGAUAGACUUUGUGACCAACUCGCUGUACGUGGCCACGGUGGCCCUCCGGGUAGUCUCCUACUUCGAGGUUCAGAAGGAGAUGACGUACAACAAGUUCGCCGCCGAUUUGCCGCGCGAAAAGUGGGACACCUGGGACCCGAUGCUCAUCUCGGAGGGCCUCUUCUCGGCGGCCAACAUCUUCAGCUCGCUCAAGCUGGUGUACAUCUUCUCGGUGAACCCGCACCUGGGGCCGCUGCAGGUGUCGCUGUCCCGCAUGGUGAUGGACAUCAUGAAGUUCUUCUUCCUCUACGUGCUGGUGCUGUUCGCGUUCAGCAGCGGUCUCAACCAACUCUUGUGGUACUAUGCGGAUUUGGAGAAAAAACGCUGUCCGGACGUGUCGAACUUUUCUGGAGUCAACAUGACGGCGCAAGACCCGAAUGCGUGUGUCGUGUGGCGACGAUUUGCCAACCUCUUCGAAACCAUUCAGACACUGUUUUGGGCAGUGUUUGGGUUGGUGGAUCUGGAAAACUUCGAGCUGGACGGGAUCAAAAUCUUCACCCGCUUCUGGGGGAUGCUGAUGUUCGGCACGUACUCGGUGAUCAACAUCGUCGUGCUGCUGAACCUGCUGAUUGCCAUGAUGAAUCACUCAUAUCAACUAAUAUCGGAACGAGCGGACGUAGAGUGGAAGUUCGCCCGGUCGAAGCUAUGGAUCAGCUACUUCGAAGAGGGUGGAACGUGUCCACCGCCGUUCAACAUCAUACCGACGCCGAAGUCUCUGUUCUACGUGUUCCAGUGGAUCAAGCGGAAAUUCUGCGGACACUCGAAGGCUGUGAAAAAGGAACACAUGAAAACGAUUCGACGGAAGGUCAAGCAGGCGAGCGAGCGGGACUUCCGGUACCAGAGCAUCAUGCGCAACCUGGUCCGGCGGUACGUGACGGUGGAGCAGCGCAAGGCGGAAUCGCAGGGUGUGACGGAGGAUGACGUGAACGAAAUCAAGCAGGACAUCUCGGCGUUUCGGUGCGAGCUGGUCGAGAUACUGAAGAACAGCGGCAUGAACACGGCGAUCGCGACCGGCCAGGGAAGUGGCGUGGGAGGGAAGAAGAAUCGCCAGAAGGAGCGCCGGCUGAUGAAGGGCUUCAACAUAGCGCCCCCGCCGGCCCCCGACGCCCCGCAGCAUUUGACUCCGGUGUCGGAGUUUAUGGCGCAGCUGCCGGACCAUUCGCCGCACGAGCUGUUCGCGGGAGUGUUCGGGCCGGGCUUGACCCCGAAGAAGGCGCUGCACCAAGUGAACCCGAUGCACCAGUACUCUUCCCAGUCGCAGAGCUCGUUCGGCGAGAACAACAACCCGAUCCACAAGCUGGCAAAGCUGGCCCCGAAGUUUAACUCCAAGGGUCGUCCAGGGUCUCACAAAAAGCGAUGGGGCACCCUCAUCGAAGCGGCCAAGCAUGGCAGUGUGUCAAAGUUUAUAGGGCGCUCCCGGUCGGAGGACUCGGUGUGCAAUCACGGCCCGGGACGUGGCGAAUCGGCCAGCCACAGCAAUAGUCCGGCGUCGGACGAAGCCAUCACGGAGUCGCCAUCCGAUUCGAACCCUAGCCUCGAUCGGCCGGACGUGGAACAGUGUCCGGAUCCACACAAACACCACAAUCGCCAGCAGCGGCAUCAAGACCAGAGGCGGCAGCACGGCGGAAGUGACCGGACGCAGCAGCACAGCGGCACGGGGAAGAGUGGACGAGGCGAAGCGAAGGAACAUUCGCACCAUUAUCAUCUGCACUUCGGAGCGCUGGCGGCUCUGAAGCGUAAGCGGAAAAAGUUCUCCAACAGCCGCAACUCGAGUCCGGUGCUGGAACCACCCUGCGAGGUACCUACGGUGACGAACGUGGUUAACUCGACGGCAGCGAAUGCGAGCAGUAAGGUAUUGCGACGUGCUUCCAGCGUGCCGGCACGUGGGGCCAGCGAUGAGCCGGAAGUAGUUGAAAAUGUGCGACCGGCACGGCACGAGGCCACCCAAAGCCAACAGCACUCGAUCGAGCAGCAGCUGGAAGGGCCGGCCCCGCUGACGCCCUCCACCACCGAGGAAAGCGUCGACCAGCAGCCGUCGACGGUGCUUCCCCCCGUCGCUCCACUGGCCGUCCACAAGCACCAGAAGAUCAUCCGGGGCCGGAAUAACUGCAACGAGCCGCUUCUUCGCCUCCAGGAACACCGGGACAGUGCGGACGGUGGCGAAGGUGGUGGAGCUUCCGACGUCGGGCUGAGCGGAAACGGUAUGGCCGACCCGGGCGGUGGGCUGGGCACUAGUGGGGGACAUUCCUCGGCUGCCUCGGCGUUACGCUCGGUGCCGAAGAUACCGGGCGUCACUCCACUCCGCGGUCACCUGCACUCGCAGGGUUGGUUAUAGGAGAAGGCAGUCCCGUACGGUCGCUGUGAGCUGGCACUCGUUAGACUUUUUGUGUAAAUAAAUACUUUGUAGUAAGCCAGAAACCUCGCUCCGGAACACAUUCUGGCCUAGUGUGAAACGAGGUAACUGUGAGCGAUUCAGUGAGAAAGAGUGAGUGUGUAAACUAGUCAAAAGCAUCAAUUCUAAACGAAUC